CCCGCGGCCGGCCCGGCAGUCGGCGGGUCGGGAGAGGUGCUGACAGGGCGGGGCCACCGCGCGGCUCUGCCGGCCUCACCCCUCCCGCCCCGGACAGGUGGCUGGAGCGCGCCCCGCCCCCGCCAGCUGCGGGUGGGAGCGAGGGAGGGCCAGUCCCGGACGGCCGCCGCCAGCUGCGAGCGGGAGCGAGCGAGGGCCAGUCCGGGACGGCCGGGCGAGGAGUCCGGCGGCGGCAAACGAGUAUCGUGGCGGCCAAAAAAAUGCUCCUGUACCGAGGGGCCCCCGCGGGCCCUGGCGCGCCGGGCAGCGCGCUGGCCCGGCCGGGUGGCGGCCCGCAGGCCUUUGGGAUCCGCUUGAGCACGAUGAGCCCUCGCUACCUACAGAGCAACUCCAGCAGCCACACGCGACCCUUCAGUGCCAUCGCGGAGCUGCUAGAUAAUGCUGUAGAUCCAGAUGUAUCCGCCAGGACGGUCUUUAUAGAUGUUGAGGAGGUCAAGAAUAAAUCUUGUUUGACCUUUACUGAUGAUGGAUGUGGGAUGACACCUCAUAAACUACACCGAAUGCUCAGCUUUGGCUUUACAGAUAAAGUAAUAAAGAAGAGCCAGUGUCCCAUCGGGGUCUUUGGUAAUGGUUUCAAGUCAGGCUCCAUGCGGCUAGGAAAGGACGCUCUUGUCUUCACCAAGAAUGGGGGUACUCUCACUGUUGGACUCUUAUCACAGACCUAUCUGGAAUGUGUCCAGGCACAAGCAGUUAUUGUUCCAAUUGUUCCAUUCAACCAGCAAAACAAAAAAAUGAUUAUUACUGAGGAUUCCUUGCCCAGCCUAGAAGCCAUCUUGAACUAUUCAAUUUUCAACAGUGAAAAUGACCUGCUGUCCCAGUUUGAUGCCAUCCCAGGCAAAAAAGGCACUCGUGUUCUCAUUUGGAACAUUCGCAGAAAUAAAGAUGGAAAGUCUGAGUUGGACUUUGAUACAGAUCAGUAUGAUAUCCUGGUAUCAGACUUUGGCACAGAAGAAAAAGAGACUGGUGGCAUCACCUCUGAGCUGCCAGAAACAGAGUAUUCUUUACGGGCAUUUUGUGGCAUUCUAUAUAUGAAGCCACGAAUGAAAAUUUUUCUGCGUCAAAAGAAGGUGACUACCCAGAUGAUUGCCAAGAGCCUGGCCAAUGUAGGAUAUGAUAUAUAUAAACCUACCUUCACAAAUAAGCAGGUGAAAAUAACUUUUGGGUUCUCUUGCAAGAAUAAUAACCAGUUUGGAGUAAUGAUGUAUCAUAACAACCGCCUCAUAAAGUCUUUUGAGAAGGUGGGAUGCCAGGUGAAGCCAACUCAUGGAGAAGGUGUGGGAGUAAUUGGAGUCAUUGAGUGCAAUUUCUUAAAACCUGCCUACAACAAACAAGACUUUGAGUACACCAAGGAGUACCGGUUGACAAUAAAUGCCCUUGCCCAGAAGCUCAAUGCUUAUUGGAAGGAAAAGACCUCUCAAGAGAAUUUUGAGAACUCAGCCAUAGUCAGGCCAAUACCGAAGAUUCCUGACCAGACAUGGGUACAGUGUGAUGAGUGUCUUAAAUGGAGGAAGCUUCCUGGCAAGGUUGAUCCAUCUACAUUACCUGCAAGAUGGUUUUGUUACUAUAAUUCCCAUCCAAAGUACAGGAGGUGCUCUGUACCAGAGGAACAAGAACUCAUUGAUGAAGACCUGUACUUGAGCAAAGCUAAGAAACAAGAUCAAACUGUUGAGAAGAAGAAGGUACCAAUGGAAAGUGAGAGCCACCAGGUAUUCACUAAUCCACUGAAGAUCCCUUCUAUUCAAGAUAUGGAUGACUUGAAUAAUAAGACGACUGGAUAUGAGGGAGUUGAUAGCCCUAGCCGGCUUUCAUCUGUUGGAGAAGAAAGCAGAACACCUGCUCUUCAACUUAAGCCUCUGGAUUCCAGUGUUUUUCAGUUUUCCAGUAAGUACAAGUGGAUCCUAGGUGAGGAACCUGUGGAGAAACGAAGAAGGCUCCAGAAUGAGAUGACAACACCUCCUCUAGAUUAUUCCAUGCCUGGCCCUUACAGGAGGGCAGAGGCAGCAGUUGCCUACCCAGAAGGGGAGAACAGCCACGAUAAAUCCAGUUCUGAGAGAAGCACACCACCGUACCUUUCCCCAGAAUACCCAGAAGCAAUCAAGAAUACCAGUCAGAGUAGGGAGGUCUCAGUUCUGUAUUCAGGAGCCCAAGACCAACACCAGGGUUCCCUGCUCCCUGAAGAAUUAGAAGAUCAGAUGCCAAGACUGGUAGCAGAAGAAUCUAACAGAGGCAACACACACACAAACAAGGAAGAAGUAAGCAAGGGACCUUUUGUAGCUGUUGUCGGUGUUGCAAAAGGUGUUAGAGAUUCAGGAGCUCCCAUUCAGCUGAUCCCUUUUAACAGAGAGGAGCUUGCUGAGAGGAGAAAAGCAGGUGAAUCCUGGAACCCGGUGCCUUAUUCUUCUGUGGCCUCUGCUGCAACUCCUGCUGCGGCUGUUGUGGAGAAAGGAAGAGGCUAUGAGGAGAGCGGGGGUCGUAAUACACCAAAGAUGAAGAACCAAAGAGAGCUAGAAGAAUUGAAGAGAACCACAGAAAAGCUGGAACGUGUUUUGGCAGAAAGGAAUAUGUUCCAGCAAAAGGUGGAGGAGCUGGAACAGGAGAGGAAUCACUGGCAUUCUGAAUUCAAGAAAGUCCAGCAUGAAUUGGUGACCUAUAGUACCCAGGAAACGGAAGGCUUGUAUUGGAGCAAGAAACACAUGGGCUAUCGCCAAGCUGAAUUUCAGAUUCUGAAAGCUGAGCUGGAAAGAACCAAAGAGGAAAAGCAGGAACUCAAAGAGAAACUGAAGGAGACAGAGACGCACCUGGAAGUGCUGCAGAAGGCUCAGGUCUCCUACCGGACCCCAGAGGGAGAUGACCUAGAAAGGGCUUUGGCAAAGCUUACGCGGCUGCGUAUCCACGUCAGCUAUCUCCUUACCUCUGUCCUCCCUCACUUGGAGCUUCGUGAGAUCGGGUUUGACUCAGAGCAAGUGGAUGGGAUCCUGUAUACGGUGCUGGAGGCAAAUCACAUACUGGAUUGAGCACCAGAUACUCUAUAUCCCCUUCUCUACCCUCUCCUUUCCUCCUUCCCUCUCAACACCUCUCUCACUCUCUCACCCUCUCUCUCUCUCUCUCACCUUUAUGCCUUACAUGGAGAAUCUUUGAGUAAAUCCUGGCUCUUAAUCAGUCUGCUUCUUAUUCAGUCUUGGUGUGGAGAAAGAGGCUAGUUAAAUAGGCUUUCAAGAGUUCCAGGAACAGAAAAGCAAUAGUCACCCAACCAGGUGACCAGAAAGCUUUAACUUUCAUGACUCAGAUACUUGGCCUGUUUCAUAUCCUUUCUGAAAUGAUUUGUAUUCAUUUAGGUUAAAUCAGUCAGCAAAUAUUGGGUCCAACAUACCAGGUGUUUGGGGAUAAGUGAAGAAGUAUAACCCAUGGUUUCAGCCUUCAGGGAUCUAACAAUCUAGUUGGAAACACAAGACACACACCAAGUUAACUGAUUUGUACAGUGAGUAGUACAAACAUGAUAGAGAAGUUCUGGGGGAGGAAGAGUCAAGGGAGGCAUCACAACAGAAAUGGGACCUAAACUGAGGUUUGUUUAAAGAACAGGCAUGACAACACAGUUAACAACGGUUGUUCUUUACGUGGUAGGACUAUGAUUGAUAUUUUUUUCUUCUUCCUAUCUUCCUGCCUUUUUCAAAUUUUCUAUAAUAAACCUGUUAUUCUUCUUACAUUGGAAAAAUAAAUUGUUUUUAAAAAAAUGAGUAGGCUUGGAUUUAGACAUCAAAUGAGAGACUGUGUGAAAAUAUAAGGUAUUUUUUAUAUUUAUAAUUUGUUAUGUUUAGCAUUACCUCUGGAAGAACAACAUGAAAGCAAGCGUGGAAAAAGCUGGAAUGUAAAAAAUAUGGUAGGAGUGGUGGCUUAAUGUAAAGGGAGCUAAGGUUAAAUCAUGACCCAUCUGCCC